AUGGGGUCGACUAAUGCGGAUGUAGAAAAGGUGCUGGUGGAUGAGCCCAUCCAGAAUGAAGCCAACUAUCAAUCGAACCCCUCAGACCCCGUUGCUGAGAAAGAGCCAGAGCCAGAGUUUGAUACAGGCCUGAGGACAUGGCUACAAGUGGUGGGGUCAUUCUUUCUCUUCUUUAAUUCAUGGGGUAUUAUCAAUACAUGGGGUGCAUACCAAACGUAUUAUGAGCAAGAAUUGCUUGCUGGGACUUCAUCUUCUACCAUCGCCUGGAUUGGAUCACUGCAGUCGUUCUUGUUGAUGAUGAUCGGAGUCAUCACCGGACCACUCUUUGACGCAGGCUACUUCCGAACUCUCAUCAGCUUUGCUGCCUUUCUAUUGCCAUUUGGCCUCAUGAUGACUAGUCUGGCCACCAAAUAUUGGCAGCUCAUCCUUUCCCAGGGCGUUUGCAUUGGACUGGCAGCAGGCUGUCUCUUCGUGCCUUCCGUCGCCAUUCUACCACAAUAUUUCCGCGCCAAGAGAGGGCUAGCCAACGGUUUCGCUGCCAGCGGUAGUAGCAUCGGCGGCGUAGUCUACCCGAUCAUGUUCGAUCAAUUGCAGAAGAAGGUUGGCUUCGCUUGGGCUACUCGGGCUCUGGGUUUCGUCUGCUUUGGAACCACUUGCAUAUCGGUCAGCAUCAUGCGCCAACGGUUCCAGCCCAAGGAAAAGCGCAAGCUCUUUCAGUUCUCGGUCUUGAAAGAGCCGGCUUUUACCAUCUUCGCCAUUGCCAUGUUCAUGGGUUUCCUUGGAUUCUACAACUUCCUCUUCUACGUGCAGUCUUAUGCCAUUGAGACCGGUAUCGUGGACUCGAAUUUAGGAUUCUACCUUCUUUCCAUGCUGAACGCCGCUUCAACCUUUGGCCGUAUUGCUCCUAACUUCCUUGCUGAUCACAUCGGUCCCCUCAACAUGCUUACACCCGCUGUGACCAUCACUGCCAUCUUGGCCUUUGUCUGGAUCCGCGUCCACACCGUCCCCGGCAUCAUCAUUCUGUCGGUCUUUUAUGGCUUCUUCUCUGGUGGAUUUGUCUCACUGCCUCCAGUGGUCAUGGCAAGUAUGACUCCAGAUGUGCGCAAUUUGGGUACACGCAUGGGUAUGCUUUUUGCAAUUGUUUCUAUUGGUCUUCUGAUCGGUACCCCCAUUGGCGGAGCCAUCUUGAACUCGACAAAUGAAUUCGUCGGAGUUCAGCUCUUCACUGCUUGUUGCCUUAUUACAUCUGCUGUUCUCAUGACAGUUGUGAGGCUGCUGCGCACGGGUCCUAAGCUCCGCGUCAAGGCCUGA